AUGCCCAAGGCAAAGUCUGACAAGGUGUCAUCCCCCAAGAAGGCUGCUGCUGGAUCCAAGCGUGGUGCCUCUCCCUACAACCUCUUCAUGAAGUCUGAGCUCGCAAAAGUGAAGGCCGAAACACCUACAAUUGGGCACAAGGAGGCUUUCAAAGUUGCUGCAUCGCGGUGGAAGGAUGCACCAGAGAACCCCAAGAACAAGAAAUGA